AUGAAUAGCAUUCAAAGCCAAAAGACCCAUGCCAACGGCAUGGACGAUCCCGAGAACCAAGGGGCCAAGACUUUCGAGAGCAACUCCAUUGACGAACUUGGCAGUGUCGACAGCUUCGCGAACGAAUCGUUGAACGAGUUGAUGGAAUUGAAGAGUACCUUGCGGACCAUCAAAUGGAUCGUCGUCGCCCUGUUUGGCUCGGUGAUUCUCGUUUCGGUUGCUACCCUGACGGCUUUGGUAAUUAGUUUUCUUCGUAGUCCUCAGUUGUCUUCCAACGGGCAUCUCUUCCGCAUGACGACGACCAAGGGUGCUCAAGUUGGGACCGUCGGCAUUGGCCAGACCUUUCGUCUUCCAAUAUUCACCUUGCCAGUUUACGGCGGCAACAACGCCCUUGGUACGACUUCUGUCCACCCUCAUGCGUGUGUGGAUGUUCCUUCCGUCAAAAACGUGUGGCGAUCCGUUUUUCUCGGCAUUACGACCAACGUAAUCGUCUCUGGAGUCUACGAUGGCAGGUUCCGACCGGACGCAAGCAUCAGUGGUGCCAAGCAGUACGGAGCCGCACUCGUAUUCCAGGGUUCCAUCCAGAACCGCACGCACACUUGCCUCAACACGAUGGAUAAGGAUCUUCAAAUUUGUGUCAACUUUGCAAACCCUGGUUGUCGACGUGCUGGGGAACCCGUGGAAGAUGCUUCUGACCGUAGACUCCGACAGUUGACUUCGUCCGAGGUGGUCGAUACUCCUUUCAAUCUUGAGGGCAUCGACGAAGGCUAUGCUGCAGCCAGCAACGAGGGUGGGGCAAGCACGAGUUUUCCCUCCAUCAUACAUCACCGUCUGAUGACAGAAGAAUGUACUGGUAUCAUUGAUCCCUGGUGCCAGGACUUUGCCGCCCUAGAGUUGGUCGGACCGUGGCAAAACAAGGGAAUGGCCGUAUGA